AUGGAGGAUUUUGCAUAUCUAAUUCUAGAGGAUAGAAUGAGAAAACUCUAUGACGCAUCAUUAAAUGGAUGUGUUAGUACCUUAAACACACUGAACCAAAGGGACCCUCUUAUUCUGAGCAGAGUUCUCUAUCCCUCCACUGAUACCUCAUUACACAUAGCCUCUUUGCUUGGACAUUUGGAGUUCUGUCAUGCUCUUCUUGAAAUAAAUCCCGAUUUAGCAAUUGAAGUGAACUCAGAAGGACGAUGCCCUCUUCAUCUCGCUUCUGAUAAAGGGCACACUGAGAUCGUGAAAUUUCUGUGGCAGAAAAAUCCAGAAACUUGUUUGAUUAGGGACAAAGAUGACAAGCUUCCUCUCCAUUAUGCUGCAAUGAGAGGACGCAUUGGAACCAUUAAUGAGUUGUUAAAUGCGAAACCAGACUCCAUUUGGGAGAUGACAGAGAAGGAUGAUGGUUCAAUUCUACACUUGUGCGUUCGGUAUAACCAUCUAGAGGCCUUGAAACUCUUAGUGGAAUCAGUUAGAGAAGAUAAUCAAUUUCUAUCUGCCAAAGACAAAGAGGAUAAUACCAUUCUUCAUUUAGCAGUGAAACGCAGACACAUUAAGAUCAUCGAAUACUUGCUUUCACUUUCUGAAAUGAGUACAGGAAAGAAUAGUUUGAAUAGGGAGGGUUUAACAUCUUUGGACAUGUUGACGCGCUGCCCAAGAGAUUCUAUCAGCCUUAGAAUUGAACAUAUGUUAACAGAAGCAGGGGUUCAAAGGUUUGCACAACAACCAUUGCCGAACUCUGCACCAAGCAAUGAACCUCAACAAAACAUAGAAAAUGAACCCAAUAGAUGCAAGAAGUGGUUGGACAAGUUCGAGAACUUCUGCACAAGGUAUCUGAUAAGCAAAGGUAAUUGGAUAGAUAAAAAGACACGUGAAUAUUUGAUGGUGGCGGCCACUGUGAUUGCCACCAUGACUUUUCAGUCAGUGAUUAGUCCACCUGGUGGUGUUUGGCAAGCUGAUACAACAACCGAUGGUUUCGCCUGCAUUGAAUAUGGUUUCUGUGAAGCUGGCACUGCUGUUUUGGGUUAUGCUCAGUCCCCUGACUUUCUAAAAUUCAUUUUCUUCAACUCAGCUUCUUUCUUUUCGUCUCUUUGUGUUUUGCUGAUUUUGAUUAGCGGGUUUCCGCUUGAUAAUAAGGCCAUAAUGUGGAUCUUGGCCGUUUUAAUGAUCGCUGCAGUCACGUGCAUGCUGCUCACAUACAUGUGGGCACUGGGAUUGGCGAGCCCUGAACAUAUUUACUAUAAAAUUCGUGGUCUGGGUUAUAUUUUGGUUGGGACAUGGUCAUUCUUACUUGUGGCUGUUGCCUUGAUUCAAACAUUUCGAAUAGUCUUCUGGGCAAGGUCACGGCGACGGUCCUCAAGAAAUGCUCCAGUGCUGAGUCAGAAUUAG